AUGAUUCAAGCUCAUGACUCAACAUCGCCCAUCAUCCGCGUCUUUUCUGAUAACUCGGGAAAUUACCGAGAAAUAGGAGAUAACAGUAUUAGAAUAACAAUUAAACAUGACGUUCACAACAACACUUUGCAUGAACCAAUGUGUCAAGAAGAUAAUAGAAAUCGUUCCACUGAGCAAGCCGAAGUAGGUUUGAAAGACUUCCAGAAUUGCUUUGGUGAUAUUUAUCCCUCGCCUGGAGUGGGUUCGCCUUCACGACUCAUCCAAAUCAGCAUUUCCAAAGUUCAAUCGUCAUCAGAAAUCACGCUUGGGUUGGCAUUCUCCAAGAUAGCACCCCUUCCCGAGGGUCAGCCACACAAUUAUAGUCCUGGUCGAUAG